AUGCUGCAGGAGGACUUCAGCCAGUUGGCAAAGGUGGCUGUGUCACUCAGUGGCAAUGCCCUUGAUCCCUGGGUGGUGCAACAAGGAGCAGGUCGACGCGCCUUCGAAAUGGGUCGCAUUGUGGGAUGCGGUUUGUUAAGCGACUCUGUGGAGCUUAAAAAGUGUCUACAGUCCAAGAAUGCCUCGGAGAUAGUCAGAGCUGUGCGUCAGUUCCUCGUCUUUGACUAUGUGCCGUUUGCUCCAUUUGCACCGGUGGUGGAGAGCGAAGAUGCAGCCGAGCCCUUCAUUACUCAGCAUCCCAUUGAUAUACUCAAGAGUGGAAAGUUCGCCCAAGUGCCCUGGCUGACCACCUACACCCAGGAAGAUGGCACCUACAACGCUGCUCUCUUAAUGGCCAAGCAACUCAACGGCGCAGAGUUCAUUGAGGAGCUCAACAGUCGCUGGUACGAGUUGGCGCCCCACUUCCUGUUCUAUCGUGACUCUAUGAAGACCAUUGGCGACAUGGACGACUACUCCCGCGAUCUGAGACAGCAGUACCUGGGCAACCGCAACUUCAGCGUGGAGAGCUACCUGGACGUGCAGCGUAUUUUCACAGAUAUACUGUUCCGGAACGACACCCUACGAUCCAUAGAUCUGCAUCGCAAGCAUGGCAAGAGCCCCGUUUAUGGCUACGUCUACGAUAAUCCGACAUCUCGGGGCAGUGCUCAAGUUUUGGCCCAACGGGAUGACACUAAUUUUGGCACAGGACAUGGCGAUGAUUAUGCUCUGAUAUUUGAGAAGGCAGUCACUCAACCCCGCGCUGACGAGAAGAUCAUCUCCAAGAACUUUAUACGCCUGCUAGAAGACUUCGCUCAAAGCGACAGCGGCUCCUUGACAUAUGAUGAUUGUGUAUUUCCCAAUAAUAUUGAGCAGGAGCAGCUGCAAUUCAUUUUAAUUAAGAGCAACAGCUGUGAAAUUUUAAAGCUAGAUCCAAUUAGUUAA